AUUUCAGUCACAAUACAUUAAAAACAAGACGCAUUUAGGUUGCAACAACCAAAUCCGUCCGGUAUUGUCAUUUCUGCAUCAAAUGUUAUCAAACCGCUAAUUGUCAAUUUACUGUCACGGCCUGCUGACUAGCUGAAUCAUAAACAUAAGAUCAAUAACUACGUUCCUUUAUAUCCAAUAUGAAGGUAGCAAUUAUUCUGGCUAUUGCUCUUGUAGUAAUUCUUAUAGUCCACGAGGCAGAUGCAAGUUGUGCUUCCAGGUGUUUACGUCUUUGCACAAGAAGUUAUUUGGCAUUCAGAUAUUGUCGCCGAUGCCUCUGCAGAUGUAGUCGUUGUGCUAGUGACCAAACCAUUAAAUUCCAUGAAAAUGAAGAAUCAUCUCUAUCUGAGAUUUUUCCACAGAUGAAUGACAAUGACAACACUGACCCCUUCCAGAACAUUCCAAAAGGAGAAACCGAGCAUGGUGAAACUGGCAUGUAAAGAGAAGGUCCGAAGAAGGGAUGAUGACCGGUUCUGUUUUGACUAUAAGAUUCUACUUUUUAUUUAGUUUCAACUGUUUUAGAUAUGUCUUCGAUUUCUGUUAUUGCACUUUUAAUACAUUAAAUACUUAAAAAGA